AUGGGUGAGAACUUAUCAAGCAAGGGAGCCAUUAGAGGAAGUGCAUACUUUUUGCAAACUGAGAUUGAAAGAAAUUUUAAAGGUAAUGAAGCUUCAUCCUCCAACCCAACUCAGCUUCACUCAUUCUGGAAUGGCAUUUGGUCUGGUCAAGUUCUACCCAAGAUCAAAACAUUUGUCUGGAGAGCAUGCAAUGACAGCUUACCUACUCGGACUAAGCUGCUUGAAAGGAAGUUUCUGCACUCUUUCUCUUGUGUUCUCUAUAAUGAGGAAGCUGAAACUUGUGAUCAUCUCUUUUUAGAAUGUUCAUUUGCCCAAGCCGUUUGGCUGCAAUCUCCUCUGCUGAAUGAUUACAGGUGCUAUCCGAAGAUGAAAUUCAUUGAUGCAAUGAAUGCUGCCAUCAAGAAAUUAUCUGCUCCAGUCUUUGACACUUUGUGUAUAGCUUGCUGGAUGAUUUGGAAAUGCAGGAAUAAAGCUGUUUUUAAUAACGUUGCUCCUUCUCAUCAUGAGUUAUGGUCUCGGGCAGAUCUGUACAGACUAGAGUUUGUGGAAGUGCAGCAGAAAAAUUUGCAGGAAAGCAGUUUGAAGGCAUCAAGGUGGAAUCCUCCUUAG